CAAAACUCAGAUAUCAAAAUCACAGGAACAAGAUCGAACUUCUACGAACGGCAGCUAGAAAAUUACUUCCGUGCAUAUCUAUUAGUGAAAAUGGUGACUUAAAAGGAUUACAUUAUCACAGAAGGAAAGUCCGUCAAAAUGAACCUCGUUGUGGCCGUAUUUGGUCUGGCGGUUUAUAUAAUAUGUCAUUCUAAUUCAGUGUUGGGUUUUCUACCUUCGUCUGAGAGUGGGGGAAGGAGGUCAGAUUUUACACACGUCAGUAUCACAGAAGAUGGAAUCUACAAAGCGGUGGCGGAGGUCAUCAUAGAAAAGGUCAAACCGGGAAUUUACGACACCGACAGUCACACGGACAAAGUGAAAGAAUAUUUCAAUUCCGAUGCCUGGGGAAGGUUACAAUUUCAACAGACCGUAGAUUACAUCGUAGACAAAGUCAAUCUUGCACAAAGGCAAUAUAGCACUGAUGCUUGUAGAACAAUGAACUGUGAGCAGAUUUCAUCAGGUAACAUUUUGCUACAGUCCCUGAAAUUCAACAUCAUUCAGAACUCACAAACUACAGCUGGAGACUGGGCACCUAUUCGGGAUUUACUGGGAGAAUAUUUGUUCACCAUGCAGGAGUUCUACAGUAACACUAACUGGGUAGAAAUGUUCGCUAGCAGACCAUGCAGAGAACUAGGGGUGAAGAGACGAUUACCAUUCAAACUUUCUAGCGUUCAAGAAGCAACUUGUACCAGCUGCAAUUAUUCCAAAGAUGCCCUUCUCUCCAAUUCUUGUUCUAACAACAUUAUACAAAAUGGAAGACUUACAAGUGGAUACACUUCAAUCCAAAACGUCGUCAAACCGUUCCGUAAAUGCAGUCAUGGUGGCCCGAGCGAUGCCUACAAGGACGUCGUAGCGAUUGGUGGAAUUAACAAGGAGACAUCUGACCCAGAGUUAUCCCCCCAUUAUCACCUGCAUCAAGUAGCAGGUCGGGCGGCAGUUCAGGCGACAUAUGACCUUUUAGUUGGAGAAGACACCGGCCUGUUAUCCGCCAUUGGUUUAGACAGAACGAUGAGCCUGUUAGGAAUGGACCACAACAAUCUGUGUUACAGUUGUUUCUCGCCCUCCCUGUCUCUGGUUUUUGUUAUUGGUGGCACGGGUUCUAUGGCUGAAGAGAUACUAAAGACGAGCACAUAUAGUGUCGCCAUCGUCAAUAAAGGACAGGGGUCCACAUCGCCAUUCAAUUACAUAUUGUCCACUUUCAACGAUCCAGAGACUAGGGUGUUUGUAACAAUGAGCGGUGUGGAAAUUAAGAAACAACUGCAAUCGCUUAAAGCUCAUGGAAGUGGAGACUACCCAGAGAUGGUGCUGCAUGGAAUGGUCAAUGCCAUGAAACUUGCCGAGCAAGGAUCGUGUAUAUUCUUUUUCACAGACACUGAUGUGAAAGAUCUAGGACUCUUGUCUGACGUCAUAGAGCUGAUCAACAACAAAAGCCUGCAUCUUCUGCAGUUUGUGAUAGGGAACAGUUCGACUCCACACACUGCCAAUGAUGCCAAACCUCAUCAUAUGCCUAGAUUCGCUUUUACACCUCCAAAUGUCCACUGUAUACCAAACGGACAUAAUCUGUCAGGUGAACGAAGGAAGCGUUCUAUGGGCAGUAUUUUCGAUCAGAUUGCUGCGCAGACUCAUUCCACCGUUAUACAGACGUCACAUUCAACUCUCGGAAAUACACUUGGACAAAUAAUCCAGGAAAAUAUGAAUAUACACACACUGGGUGUGGCCUCGUUUGAGAUGGACGCUGACGUUCGAUCCUUUCCUGUAGACCGCUGUCUGUCUUUGUUUACGGUCAGUCUAGAGGGGAACGGCUGUUCUAACGUCGCUUUACUCCGACCUGAUGGUUCGAACCAACCUUUUACAGGAAAUGCAACUAAAGACAUUAUAGACCGGAAAACGACUAUUCUUUCUGUGCAUAACCCGUUACAUGGAAUGUGGCAAUUGAAGAAUAUUGACAAAAGUCAUUGUCACGUGACUGUUUCUGGUAGUGGGUGUAUAGACUUCACAUACAAGAUAUUGGAAGAUAUACGAGGGGUAAAAUAUCCGAUCAGCGGAACAAGCCCCGUUGCAGGUAACAAUUACACACUCAGUGUGUCGGUAAGAGGGAUUCCUCAAAAUCUCGGAAUACACACAAAUAUCACACAGAUCUAUUUGAAGAAACCUGACGGUCGUCUAUUAACGUCACUUCCUGUGUCUGAUUCAUCGAGAACUAGCACGAGGUCCGUCUUCACCGACGUCACGUUCUGGGAGCCUUUUUACGUUGGAAUCAAGGGGUUGGUCGAUAUGGAAACAAUGACCAGAGAAAUUCUGAAAACAGUGACGCCUGUGAAAGGAAAAAUAGAGUUUGUUCCUUCUUCGAACUCACUAGUGUACAAUCAAGAGGUUGCAGUGAGUGUUAGGAUAACAAACGCGGGAGUGACUCAGCAGACGUUUGACGUGGCAGCCGCGGAUACUGCGGGCUUUGUUACUAGCGUCAUUAAACACGUGACGUUGGAUAGUAAGCAGACAAAGACGAUGGACUUCCAUAUUACAGCAAUUCCACCUGCAACAUACACAAAACUCACCAUCACCCUCUUAACUGAAGGAGCAAGCUCCAGAAUAGAUAAACACCUCAUGGUUUCCACUGUAAACCCACCAGAUUUGAAAGUGGUCAACCGCUCAGAGAACUGUAAAAAGGCCAGUCUGAACAUUUACAAUUGUUCCCAUCAGCAGUGGGAGAUGGUAGUGUCUAUUGUCUUCACGGCUAACAUGACGCGCCUGUAUUGUACUCCGGUAUCCAGCACUCUAAUCUUUACAUAUCACCAGGACAGCGCAGACAAAAACAAGUACCUAGCUACUCUCAAAGGAAAUUGUUGUACAUAUCAGCUAUCAGUGAUCGCUCAUGACUCCGCUGGAAACUCAAAGACAUUGGCGAUAAAGUUUUCAGGUGAAAACAAAUUCAACACGGAUGUAGGCGCAAAUCAAUGGAGCAAGCAAACUGGGAAGAGCAAAGAGGGAUCCAGUUCUAAUACAUGGCCAGCAGUAGGGGGCGCUGUAGGUGCUGCCGUCGCAUUAGGGGCGUCUGUACUUGGAUUCAAGAAAUACAAAUCCAUGAACAAAGUUGAAUCGGAUUUACCGGAUGCUAUUACGGACCAAAUGCAAAAUGAAAGCUUUGACAAAAACAGAAAAAAGAAAUUUACAAUGUUUUGAUUUGAUAUGCAUGGUUUAUCAUACGAUCUUUUUUUUUUUUUUUUUUUUUUUUUUUUUUUUUUUUUUUUUACGGUGAAUCCUAAUACAUCUACCGUAUUCUAAAUGCCAAUUCUAAAAAGGUCAAGGUUAAAUUCUUUGGUAGUGUCUACAAUAAAGAUUGCCAUUAAACUUUUAUUUCAAAUAUUUUGUGAACUUUAACACUGGAUGUGGUUAGAUGUUUUGUUUUCGGACAUCAACAACUCAUGGCGAAACAAUUAUUGAGUAUUAUUGGUAUUUUAUUUUAAAUUAUCACAUCCCAUCCCUGCAUGUGGAUUUUUAAAAAAAUAUCUUCAUAUUUAGACAGUCCGAGAAAUGUAUCUCAAAACAAAUAAAAAGAGAAAGAAA